AUGGCCAUAGCGAGCCUAGACGAGUUUGUGGAGAAGGGCCAGUUGGAGUGUCUGAACGAAGACAAGGCCCACCCGGUGCUGAACGUCCUGGAUCCCAGCCCAGAAACAGCCCUUCACUCGGAUGAGAACGUGGACCACCAGCUGCUGCUCAAGGUUCAGUUCCGGGUGCCCGUGAAGCUCCAGAGUGUACGGAUUCUGGGCUCUUCUGAGGACGGCACUGCGCCGCAGUCUGUGAAGCUCUUCCUGGACAAGGUGAACAUGGGCUUCGAUGAUGCAGACGAAGAUCCUGUGCAGGAACUCUUGCUCGGUCCAGAGAACGUGGAUGGCGGCGAGCCGUGUCAGCUGCGUUUUGUGAAGUUCCAGAACGUGUCGAGCUUGCAGAUUUUCUUCCAGGAGAACUUUGGGGCCCCUGUGACGAGGGUGAGCCGAUUGGAGUUUCUGGGCCAGCCAGCCUCCAGCAUGGACAUGAAGGACUGGAAGCCGGUGAAGGGCUGA